UUGGGUCUGGCGUGGAACACCGAGACUGACCGACUCGCUGUGACCGUGCCUGAGAUGUUGUGUCCUCGCACCAGGAGUGAGCUUCUGUCCGCAGUGGCAAAGCCGUUUGACCCGUUGGGCCUGCUCACCCCGUGGCUCGUCAGAGGGAAGGCUCUGUUCCAGCGGACCUGGUCGGUGGAGCUGACGUGGGACGAGCCGCUGCCCGAUGCGCUGCAAGCAGAGGUCGCCGCCUGGUGGCAAGAUUCUGCCGGCAGCACAGUCUCCUUCCCGCGUGCUGCGAUGAUCGGUGAGACCAGUCUGGGCACGCAGUAUCAUGUCUUCUGUGAUGCCUCCAAGACCGCCUACUGUGCCACUGUGUAUGUCUCUCAGGGUGGGGAGUCACAGUUGUUGAUCUGCAAGGGACGACUGGCGCCGAUCAACCCGAGCCUGACUGUCCCCCGGCUCGAGCUGAUGGCGGCGCUGACCGGGGCCCGACUUAUGGCCUUCGUGACUGAGUCACUGUGUCUGUCAGCACCCAGUGUGACGUACUGGACUGAUUCGACAGAUGUCUUGUGUUGGAUCAAGAGUGACAAACUGUUCCGCGUGUUUGUUCACAACCGUGUGACUGCCAUCAGAGAGCUGACCGAUCCUGACCGCUGGCGGUUUGUCCGGGGGCUUGAGAACCCAGCCGACCUGGGUACGAGGGGCAUCACCCUGUCUCAGCUCGCAGAGUCUGCGAAGUGGUGGAACGGCCCGCCGUUACUCGUGACCUCUGACCUGCCUCCUCAGCCAGACCCGGUGGAGACGGUGAGCCCUGAGGCCGACGUGGAGGAGAGGAGGGUGGCUCCUGUGACUCGUAGCCACCCUGUGAUGCAGAACGUGCCGUCGGUAGAGACUGCUGAUGACGCGUUCCAGGCCACCGAUUUCUCAGAUCUUGGAGCCGCCGUGAACAGGAUCGCGUGGCUGAAGAGGUUCGUCCACAACGCCCGGAGUCCUGAGACUGAGCGGCAGUCCGGACCGCUGUCUCCAGAGGAGAGGAGAGAGGCGCUCGUGUAUUGGAUCCGGGAGGCCCAGCGGCGCGCCUUCCCGGAGGAGCUGCGUGCGGGAACGAGAGUGACGCUCGCGCUCCUGUCGGGCGAGUACUUCAUCCGCAGGAGGACGGUGCGCCGAGUGCUGGGGACCUGCUUCAGGUGCCGGCGGUACAGAGGACUGCCCUACCGAGCUGCGGACGGCCGUCUGCCUGCAUUCAGGUCAGAAGUCUCGCGCCCAUUCUCCAAGGUGGGAAUCGAUUACUUUGGCCCUCUGUAUGUGGAUAGAGACACCAAAGUGUGGGCGCUGCUGAUUACCUGCGCUUCGUCUCGUGCCGUACACCUGGAACUGGUGCGGUCUCAGAGUGCCGCUGAUCUCACCCUGGCGCUCAGGCGUUUCAUGGCCCUGCGAGGAACGCCCAGUCUGAUUGUCAGUGACAAUGCCCGUACUUUCCGUGCUCUCGUCAGCCGCGGACCUGGCGUAACCGGCGCCGUGUGA